AUGGGAGGUUUUUCGAUACAAGAAUUAUCAGAGACUCCAGAACAAUGUAUUAUCGAGCACAAAGACAUCGAUGUUGCCAUAGGUGUUUUUAUCGCAUGUGGUUUGUUAGUUAGUUACCUACCACAGCAUUAUCGAAUUAUCCGAAUUAAAAGCAGCGAAGGAUUGAGUCCGUGGUUUUUGUUACUUGGUACACUGUCGGGUACUUCAAGUUUAUAUAAUAUGAUUAUCUUGCAAUAUAGAAUAGUAGAGUGUUGCGCAUAUGUUAGCAGUGGUGAAUGUUUUAAGAAUACACUCGGGGUAUUUCAGAUCGGAUUACAAUGGUUGAUGUUUACAAUAGUGUAUCCUUUUUGGUUAUUUAUCGACGAUGCUGUCGAUUUUAUUGUCUUUGACCCGAAAAUGUUCAAUUUGUACAGAUUCAUUCUCUUCCUUGCUUAUUUCCCGGAACAUCGUAAACUCACACCGUACAUCCCACAUUUACAUUACGGAAAUCCACCAUCAACUCGAUCACUCGAAUGGCGAAUUUCUCUUGGCGUUGCCAUUACAGUAACCACGCAUUUCUUGUUUGUGAGUGCUAUUUCGAUAUAUCUGUUGAAUUUCUACAAUGGAAGUUCGCAGGCAGCAGAAUAUUGGGCUGAUUUCUUGGGUGUCGCGUCAAUGUUAUUGGCUUCCGUUCAAUACUUGCCACAAAUUUGGAGAACUUGGCGAAGAAAGACCGUUGGAGCUCUUAGCAUUCCAAUGAUGCUUAUGCAAACACCAGGAUCUUUCUUAUUUGUCUACUCGUUGGCUGUCAGACCCGGAACAAAUUGGACUUCUUGGAUUGUAUUCUUAGUCACAGGCUGUCUUCAAGGCAUCUUGCUUGUUAUGUGCAUCGUUUGGCACUUUAGAGCCAAACGUCUCGGUUAUGGUCCAUUCUAUGUUGGCGAUACGGAAUCGCUUCUUGGUCGUGAUGGACAACCCAUAUCUACUAGUUCACCUACUGAACGUACAGGAUUACUAAGACCUCCAACAACCAGAACUCCUAGUUACGUAAAGAAAGGCGAUGAUGAACAAUUGGUUACCUAA